CCUCCCGUAAUUUUAUCAUUCCCUCAGAUACCAAAACCACUAGACUAGACAACACCAGCGAAGCCAGCUUUUAAAGCCUUAACAAUAAAAAACCUCUCUCUCCAUCUUCCCUUCUUCCUCUUCUUCUUCUUUAACAAAACACGCAAAGACACAGAGAAACUCUCUAUUCCGCAAUGAAAUCGACUUAGAAACCCAAAACCCAGAAGCAAGAACACUGUCAAUUUCAUUUCUGAAAGAAUGGUUUCCUUAGAAGAUUCACAUUCAAAUGCAAAUCGGUUCCCGUUAACCCGAACCAACAACAACUUCUAUAACCCAUCUUCGGUUUCUAAUACCAGAAUCAACCGCCAUGUGGGCCGUUCAAUGCGCACAAUACGCUCUAAUUUUUACCAAAAUGACAACAGUGGUAGCUGCUGCUCUUUCACUACGGCCGCCGACAACGACUCCACCUACGUCUCUGAGAAUUUAACCGAUUCGGUCAUCGACAUGCGUCUCGGCGAACUUGCCUCCCGAAACAGCAAAACCGAAAAGUCCGCAAAAUCAUCCUCCGAUGAAGAUUUCCUUGAUAUCUCACAAGCAUUCAGCGAUUUCUCGGCUUGUAGCAGCGAUAUCUCGGGAGAAUUACAGCGCCUUGCUUGUUUACCGUCCCCUGAAAACGCACCUAAAGCAGAAAACUCUGAAUCGGCUGAGCCGGAACCGGAACCUUGCUUAGGGUUUCUGCAGAGAGAGAAUUUCUCAACUGAAAUAAUGGAAAGUAUUUCGCCGGAAGAUCUCCAACCAGCGGUCAAGAUCUGUGUAGACAGCCUCCAAUCACCGUCGGUUGCAGUUAAAAGAUCAGCCGCAGCGAAACUCCGGCUUCUUGCUAAGAACCGGUCCGAUAAUCGGGCAUUAAUAGGCGAAUCGGGUGCUAUUCCGGCUUUAAUUCCACUUCUCAGAUGCAGCGAUCCAUGGACCCAAGAACAUGCAGUGACAGCUCUGUUGAAUCUUUCACUUCAUGAAGAAAACAAAGGUUUAAUUACAAAUAAUGGAGCCAUAAAAUCCUUAGUGUAUGUGUUAAAAACCGGUACUGGAACAUCAAAGCAAAACGCAGCGUGUGCUUUGCUUAGUUUAGCAUUAGUAGAAGAGAAUAAAAGUUCCAUUGGAGCAUGCGGAGCAAUACCACCACUUGUUUCUUUACUAAUUAGUGGAUCAAGUAGAGGCAAGAAAGAUGCUUUAACUACCCUUUACAAGCUCUGUUCGAUUAAACAGAACAAGGAGAGAGCAGUGAGUGCAGGAGCCGUGAAACCAUUGGUGGGUAUGGUGGCGGAGCAGGGAACGGGGAUGGCGGAGAAGGCGAUGGUGGUGUUAAGUAGUUUGGCGGCAAUAGAAGAAGGGAGAGAAGCGAUUGUUGAAGAAGGAGGGAUUGCUGCGCUUGUUGAGGCUAUUGAAGAUGGGUCAGUUAAAGGGAAGGAAUUUGCUGUGCUUACAUUGUUGCAAUUGUGUGCUGAUAGUGUUAGGAAUCGGGGGUUGCUUGUCAGAGAAGGUGGCAUCCCUCCUCUUGUUGCGCUUUCGCAGACUGGCACUGUCCGUGCUAAGCAUAAGGCUGAGACACUUCUUGGGUAUUUGAGAGAACCAAGGCAGGAGGCUUCAUCUUCCAGUCCUUAAUGGAAGUGCGCUUUUUUUUUUUUAGAAGAAUUUAUAAGAGUCACUGAGUGUGCCAACCAUCGGAUUAAAAUUUCCACUCGCAUCUGACAGCUAGCAUCCGCAUGCAGCAAAGCCGAAUCAUUUCUUUUGUUUUCCCCGUCCUCUUUUGAACUUUCUUGGCUGCCAAAUGGUGAAGGCCUUUUUGGACUGUUUUUUGUCAAGAAAUGGCUUUGCUUGAAAACCUAAGAUUUGAGAAAGAUUUUUGUAUAAAGAUGGGGACUGAGGUGAUGUCUCGGUUGGAUGGGGAGGCCCCUCAAUCUGCUUCUUGUUUGGUGUAAAGUCAGUUGUAUCAGCUACAUGCAUACCAUAACCACCUGUCUGUCUACAAGUAAUGGUAAUCGGAGCUGCAAAAGGGUUACCAAACCAACCGCUGAAACCCCACCAUAGAUUUUACUUGAUAUGAUAUGAUUAAGUUUUUCCU